CACACACACACACACACACACUGCACAGACAGCAGCCGCUCUCUGAUCACACACACACUGCACAGACACCAGCCGCUCUGUCAACAUGUUUCUGCUCGGAUUCAGCCUGUGCCUGGCCAUCGUCCAUGGAAUUGUCCCCGAGAUAUCUAAAACAGACAUGGACAUCAUUGCAAACAUGGAAACAAAUGUAGAAGAAGGACCAACGACACUGAGCAAUAUGUUCAAAGAGGUGGAGGAACUGAUGGAGGACACGCAGCAGAAGCUGGAGGACGCGGUGCAGCAGAUAGACAAUGAGACAGCAAAAUCCAGUCUCCAUCCACACAAUGUCUCUUCAAAUCUCCAAAAUUACAGCAGUAUUGAAAUCAUAGCUGGGAAUCAAUCCAUUUAUACUGCUGAGAGAAUCAAUAAGACAACGGACAAUUCAACCGAAGAUACAAACUUGACAACCAUACAACCCAGAGAUAAAGAGAACAGCAUUGAUCAUACAAUGGUCAAUUCAACCAAAGAUACAAACAACUUGACAACCAUACAAUCCAGAGAUAAAGAGAACAGCAUUGAUCACGACUGUAUCAUUGAUGAAGACUGUGAGAAGGGUAGCUACUGUCUCUACGACACAAAGAGCUCAAGGUGUCUGCCCUGCAAACACACUGAUGCGACAUGCACCAAAGAUGAGGAAUGCUGUGCGGGACAGCUGUGUGUGUGGGGUCAGUGUGCAAACAACACAAAGGGAGAAGCAGGAACUAUCUGUCAGUUCCAAAGUGACUGUAAGGAGGAGUUCUGCUGUGCCUUCCAUAAAGCCCUGCUGUUACCAGUGUGCAACUCUAAGCCAAUAGAACGUGAACGUUGCAUCAUUUCAGCCAAUCACCUGAUGGAGCUGCUGUCAUGGGAUUUUAAGGGGGAGGGUCCUCAAGAGCACUGCCCAUGUGCCGGUGAUCUGCAGUGCCAACAUCUUGGACGAGGUGCACUGUGCCUGAAGAGUCAGAACUCCAGCGAGGAAGAGCUCGCCGACACACUCUACUCUGAGAUUGACUACAUCAUCUAGUGAGAUGAAGAGAAGCUAAGCUGCUGAAACAGACAUGAACGCUUCAUCACCA